AUCCUGAUUAUCAAUCGUUAAUCCUGAUUGGUCAAUCACGUUGUGGUAAGACAAGGUCAACGACAAUUGUCUGAAGAUUUUUUUAAAGAAAUUAGAACUGAUUUGCUUGUUUAAAUUUCUUUUUUUUUAUUUAAGAUUACAUUUUCUUUAACCGAAAUGAAAUAAAAUACUUUCAGUAACAAUAAUAAUAAUUUUUAUGCUCUCCAUUUCAAGAAUGGAGGUCACCGGAACCAACAACAGCCUUGACAAAUAUCAGCUGUUCCCCACAACAAUUUGUGAUUUUACUUGCCUGCAUUAUUUUUGGGGUUAUGGGAUAAUAUUCUAGAUAUUGAACGAUAUAAUAAUAAUAAUAAAGAAAAAAAUGGCAUUUUUAGAGUGGCGAAAAUUUCAUUUCUUUGAUUUAAGAAAGGGCGUUGAUGAAGGCAAGUUAUCGGAAUUGUUUAAGGAAAGUCAAGUAACAACCACUUCUGCCGGGAACAAUUAUUUAGUGCUGGGAGACUCCUUAGGUCAAAUUUAUCUCAUUUCACGUUCAUGGUAUAUCAGAUCUUUCAGAGGUUACGAACUGAGGAUAGACUGUUCCCAACAAUUAAGGAAUUCUCCGUUGCUGGUUACAAUAGGACAAGAUGAAUCUGGAGUAAAUCCUUUACUCAAAGUAUGGGAUGUAAGUCGAUUAGAUAAAAAUGGAAUUCCCUACUGCCACAGAAUUAGCAAAGUGUUGCCUGGAAGUCGACCUAUACAAGUUAGUGUAUUGACUGUGCAUGAUGGUUUACAAUUAAUGGCCAUAGGUUUUGUUGACGGCUCUUUGCUUUUAUACAGGGGAGACAUCACAAGAGAACGAAGCUGCAAACAAAAGUUAUUUAAAGAUCAUUCUUCAGAAAUUACUGGGCUAGCCUUUAAGUCUUUAGCGACAAACACGUUUCUGUUUGUGUCCACGGACAGAUCAAUUAUAGUUUACAACAUCUUCCAAAAGGACAAGGAACAGAAGUGUCAUCUGGAUAACAUUGGGUGUGCAAAAAAUUGCAGCGUUUUAGCAGAAUCAUUCCAAGAAUGUCAUUUUAUGGUUGGUCGGAAUGAUGCUGUGUAUUGCUACUCUGCAGAUGGUAGGGGACCAUGUUACGCAAUAGAUGGGGAAAAGGUUAUGUUGCAAUGGUUUCGUAACUAUCUGGUAAUUAUAUCAAAAAACAGCCGUCCUACAGCCAUGACUACAAUGUCUAAUGAAAGUCAAGGCAGUGCAGUUCAAGGUGAUCUCAUAACAGUACUGGACAUUCACAACAAAUUCAUUGUGUUCUCUUGUGUAAUGCCCAACAUAAAGGCAAUAUUGAACGAAUGGGGCUCUUUUUUCAUACUCGAUGUCAACAAUGAAGUAUACCAUCUUGAUGAGAAAGACCUUCAGUCCAAACUGGCUCUCUUGUUCAAAAAAAAUCUAUAUGAUGUAGCGAUAAGAAUUGCAAAAUCGCAGCAAUAUGACUCAGAUGGUCUGGUCACAAUUUUUAAGCAAUAUGGAGACCACCUGUGUGACAAGGGAGAUUUUAAUGGCGCAGUGGAUCAGUACAUCAAAACGAUAGGAAAAUUAGAACCCAGUUACGUCAUAAGAAAGUUCUUGGAUUCACAGCAUUUGGAUAAACUAACCACCUAUUUGCAAGCAUUACAUAAGCAGGGGCAAGCCACUGAGGAUCAUACAACAUUGCUGUUGAACUGCUACACCAAACUUAAUAAUUCUAUUGGACAAAGCGACAGUCUCAAGGAAUUUAUAUUGAUGAAGGAGAGUGACUUGAAUUAUGAUGUGGAUGUGGCUAUCAAAGUUUGUCGACAUGGCAGUCCAGCUGAAGCAUUGAUGUUGGCGAAAAAGCACGAAAAGCACGACUGGUACAUAAAAAUUCAAAUUGAGGACCACGAGAAAUAUUCCGAUGUGCUUGAUUACAUUUCAAAUCUAAAUUUUGAGGAAGCUGAACAUUAUAUGAAAAAAUACGGGAAAAUUUUGGUCGAACACUUACCCUACGAAAGUACCCAGUUCCUCAAAAAGCUCUGCACGAAUUACAAGCCCAAUAAUUCGCCUAUCGUUUCAGAAAAUAGCAUGUUAACGGGAAACUAUGACGUUGUUCUGAAAUCAGACCCGGAGGAUUUUAUUCAUCUCUUUUUAAACAACUCUGAAAGGCUGGUGGAAUUUUUGGACCAUUUAAUGUCAGAGGGAUGCAUCCUAAGCACUUUGGUGUACAAUACGUUGCUCGAGCAUUACGUCCACGUAUGGUCUAAUUUGGAAAGUGUGGGCGAGAAAAAUAAAUUUUCUCAAAAAAUAUUAAAACUUCUCCAGGAACCCGAGACAAAGUGCGAUAAAUCGCAAGCGUUAGUCGUGUGUCACAUGCAUUCUUUCAGCGAAGGAAUCUUGUAUCUCUACCAAGAACAAAAGUUGUAUCAACAAAUUUUGAGGUACCACAUCUCACAGAACGAUUCAAAUUCGGUUUUGACAUGCUGCAAGAGGUUUGGCCAUCAAGAACCGACACUUUGGGUUCACGCGUUAUGGUCAUGUGUCAGGGACAGUCGUCAACCGUCUACAGAUCUUCUUAAUGAGAUAUUCACAGUGAUAGCGAAGGAAAGAUUGUUUUCCCCGCAGCUGGUAGUGGAUGCUAUAGGCAAGGGCAAUGCCGAGAUGACUUUGGGUCAUAUAAGAUCCUAUAUAACCAAUGAGCUGCAGCAAGAAAUGAAAAAAACCAAAGAAAUGUCAGAACUGACUGAGAAGUAUCAGAAAGACACAGAGAAUCUUAAGCAGCACCUCGAAACGCUGAAAAGUGGGGUUAUCGUGAUAAGAGGGUCGAGGUGCGCGGCAUGCCACCACCCCCUGGAGUUACCUGCCAUACAUUUUCUUUGUCAGCACAGCUUCCACCAGCACUGCUUUCAGAGCUUUUCAGAUGACGAGAAUGAAUGUCCGACCUGUCAACCGGAGAAUAAAAAUUUGUUGGACUUGUUAAAAGCCAGGGAACAUAACAAAGACUUGCAUGAAAUGUUUCAUUCUCAGUUGGAAAAGGCCCAUGAUGGGUUUUCUGUUGCCGCAGAGUAUUUUGGUCGUGGCGUAUUUAACAAAUAUAAGAUCAUAACAGAUGAAAGUCUACAGAGAAGCUUGUUACCGAUAGAAGAAACCAAAGUAACAAAUAAAAACAAGUUAGUGGAGAAGGAAGUGAAAAAUUAUGGUUUUGGUGCUGAAGCUAGGUUAAGACAGUCUGAAAACAUAAGAACACAACUUAAAAUUGAAAGAAUAUCCGAAGGCAGAAUGAGAACUGAAGAACAAACCAGGUGUUUUAUGGUCCUUUUUUUAAAGUUAACAUUUGAACUUAAUAUAUUUCUUUUAAGGCAAAGCUCAUCCCUCAGGUCUAGUUCCAUUAGGUUUGCUUCAUCAAAUCCUUUCGAGGAUGAGUAUGAUGAAGAAAAAAAUCCCUUCCGCGAGAACGAUGAUCUUGACGACUCCAACCCAUUCAGUGAAAACUACUGCGAUAGAAAUCUAAAUCCCUUUGAAUAAAUUGCAUAAAGUCAAACUAAACUUUAGUUAUUACUAAGCCUUGUCUAUUUAUACUUUUACAUUUAAGGACUUAUUUUAUUACACAGUAUUAAGAAUAAAACCACAUUUUUA